GGAGGGAUAUGUUGGAUAUUUGUAAACCAGCAGGCUGUGGCAGCUGUUGCAUCAACUGACUGACACUGGUUUGUGAACCUGCAUUUCCACGUUAAUGAUCCUGUAACUGUUAAUUAAUCUGAUUAUUUGCCUUCCUUUGGGCAGAGCACCUGCUGCGUGUCCAAACCACAGAACACGUUCCAGGUAAACACAAUAGCUAACUGAGUUCAUGAGGCUUUUCUUUAUAGGCAGCCAAAACACAGCAGCAGCAGUCUAGCCAAGUUUACUAACCUAGCUCUCAGUAGCUCCUACAGAGAGAGAGAGAGAGGAGAUAGCUGGACUGGAGAGGAGGGAGCAUGGCAGGAUCAGAGGGAAACAAGCUGUGGGGCGGCAGGUUCGUUGGAAACACUGAUCCAAUAAUGGAGAAAUUCAACGCGUCCAUCGCUUACGAUCAGCGCAUGUGGGAUGCAGACAUUCGGGGGAGUAAAGCUUAUGUGAAAGCUCUGCAGAAAGCUGGACUGGUCACUCCGGAGGAAUUGCAGCAGAUUCUUUCAGGCCUUGACAAGGUUUUUGGUGAGUGGUCCAAUGGUGAAUUCCAGAUCAAGCCUGGUGAUGAAGAUAUUCACACAGCCAAUGAGCGCAGACUGAAGGAGCUGAUUGGAGAGGCUGCAGGAAAGCUUCACACAGGCAGAAGCAGGAAUGAUCAGGUGGUCACAGACAUGAGGCUGUGGUUACGGGAUGCUAUUGCCACACUGAAAGGAAAUGCCAUAGAACUUAUAAAUACUAUGGUGGAAAGAGCAGCUGUUGAGAUUGACAUCCUGUUUCCUGGAUAUACUCACAUGCAGAGAGCUCAGCCAAUCAGAUGGAGCCACUGGAUCCUCAGUCAUGCUGUGGCUCUGAGCAGAGACGUGGAGCAGGUGGAGGAAAUCAGGAGGCGUGUCAAUGUUCUGCCUUUAGGAAGUGGAGCCAUUGCUGGAAACCCAUUUAACAUUGACAGAGAGCUUCUCAGAAAAGAACUCAAUUUUGAUGACAUCAGUAUCAACAGUAUGGAUGCCACUGGACAGAGAGAUUUUGUUGCUGAAUUUCUGUUCUGGGGAUCGAUGUGUCUGACGCACCUCAGUAAGAUGGCAGAGGACCUGAUCCUGUACAGCACAAAAGAGUUCUCCUUUAUCUCUCUGUCUGAUGCAUACAGCACGGGGAGCAGCCUGAUGCCACAGAAGAAAAAUGCUGAUAGCCUGGAGCUCAUCCGCAGCAAAGCAGGACGAGUGUUUGGCAGAUGUGCAGGGUUUCUGAUGACGCUGAAGGGCCUCCCCAGCACGUACAACAAAGACCUACAGGAAGAUAAAGAGGCCAUGUUUGACACCUAUGAUACAGCACAUGCUGUACUGCAGGUGGCUACAGGUGUUAUCUCUACACUUAAGGUAAAUCCGAAAUCAAUGGAGGCAGCUCUAAGCCCAGAUAUGCUGGCCACUGAUCUGGCCUACUACCUGGUCAGAAAAGGAGUACCAUUCAGGGAAGCUCAUAGCUGCUCAGGAAAAGCUGUGUAUCAAGCUGAAUCGAAAAACGUCCCAUUAAAUCAGCUCACUGUGGAAGAUCUCCAUACUGCAAGUCCUCUGUUUGACAGUGAUGUGUCCUCAGUGUGGGACUACACCAGUAGUGUGGAGCAGUACAGCGCCCCCGGCGGAACAGCGAAGAGUAGUGUCACAGCACAGAUAGAACACAUGAGAACCUGGCUGAAGAGACAUAAAGAAUAACCUGUACUAAGUGCUUAAAAUAAACAAAAAAGGUCCAAUUUUUAUAUACAGCUCUGGAAAAACUUAAGAGACCACUUCAGUUUCUGAAUCAGUUUCUCUGAUUUUGCUAUUUAUUGGUAUAUGUUUGAGUAAAAUGAACAUUGUUGUUUUAUUCUAUAAACUACAAACAAAAAAGAUGCAAAGCUUUCAGACCUUCUUUGCAAAUAAUGCAAAGAAAACAAGUUCAUAUUCAUAAAGUUUUAAGAGUUCAGAAAUCAAUAUUUGCUGGAAUAACCCUGGUUUUUAAUCACAGUUUCAUGCAUUUUGCAUGUUCCCCUCCACCAGUCUUACACACUGUUUUUGAUAACUUUAUUUCACUCCUGGUGCAAAAGCAGUUCAGCUUGGUUUGGUGGCUUGUGAUCAUCCAUCUUCCUCUUGAUUAUAGUCCAGAGGUUUUCAAUUUGGUAAAAUCAAAGAAACUCAUCAUGUUUAGGUGGCCUCUUAUUUUUUUCCAGAGCUGUAUGUGAUUGAUAAAGUGAUGGGUCAAUGUUUGUGCAGUUGUGUUCAUUUUUUCAACACAUCCUUUGCUAUUCUUAAAACUGUAAACUCUAAAAAAGGUAUUGCUCUUAAAUAAAUUCACAAAUUUAAAUAUUGAA